AUGUCGGACACCCCUGAGGGACUGCAACUGCAAAUUGACGCGGCGAAGAAGUUUACUGAUAAGUGGAGAUUGUCUGCCAACGUUCAGAAGAGUGCCGUCAUGGUAUGCAACGAGAACAAGGAGGAACCAGUAGAACAUAGAUGGAAGUGGGGGAUCGAGGAGAUUGCAGUAGUGGACCAGUACACAUACCUCGGAGUAGAGAUCGCAAAAGACUGCUCGUGGAAUGCACACAUAACAACAUAUUCGCCUGAUUGGAAA